AUGACCCAAGACGUACUCUUGACGCACCAAACUCAGGUGAUGGAUGGUGACGAAAAGUCUACAGUCACAGAAAGUGACGACGAUAGUUCAGCCACCGAAGGUAGUGACUCUGAACCAACAAUGACAACACGAAGCGGCUUAAAACGUGCCUUACCUGCUGGCGGCGCUCGACAAGGCGAUGCUAAACGAAAAGAUACAAAGAAAGGAGGAACUGAAGUUGGUGGGGUUGGUGGUGAAUUAAACUCUUCGGAAGCAGUAAACCAAAAAACAACAAUAGCAUAUAAUGGAAAAAACUCGAAUAUAAAUGCACUUGCUGCUAAUGCAGCGGUUCUUCUCUCAAAUGUAUCCACUACUAGUACUAAUUCCAAUAAUCAUAUUGUCGAGGGGGCAGCAGUGAAUUCAGUAACUGCUGCUCAACAAGCUCUAAGCAAUCAACAGCAAUUCGCUGAAGUUUUAUCCGCUGCCACAAGUUUAGCUAAUCAAAUAACCUCUCCAAUUGCAGUAGCUCCUUUGCUCAAUGGUCAAGCUGCUGCUAUUGUAACUAAUGCUGGUGAGAUAAUUCAAGAUUCGGGCACUAGUAAAAGAAAUACACAGCUACGAAAUAUGAGUAAUGAUGAACGUCGACAACGAAGAUUACUUCGUAAUCGUGUGGCUGCUAAAGAAUGCCGUCGUAAAAAGAAAGCUUAUGUGGCUAAUCUCGAAGAAAAAGUAACGCGUCUUGAAGAUGAAAAUAUUGUUCUUCGAAAAGAACUCGAGGAAUUGAAUGCCAAAUUGACUUUAGGUGCGAUGCGAAUUGACGAAAAUAAUCGUCUUAUGAAAGAAGUUGAAGAAUUAAAUGCGAAGUUGGCUAUGAGAACUUCUGCUGCUACAGUUGCUACACAUCAAACUAAAAGUGAAUCGGAAAAUCAAGAAUCUAAAUC